AUGUGUCGAGCAGAGAUUGCGCUAAAGCAGGCGCAUUGGGGGAGUCCAACUUGCGUGCGCUCUUUUGCACUUGCAGCGAGUCCGCCGUCUGCGGGACUCGUGGCGGGACAGGAUCAGGGUUCGAGUCUCCGUCAGCUACAACGCUUGCCAACGCCACACCGCCUCGUAGAGACUGCCACCGUCGCCGGCGGUAAGAGACGGGAUGAGAUGACCUGGUCUGGGGACGGAUUGGCCUCAUUUUCGCAAAAUGUACCGUGUCCUCGUCAAGUCACUGUGACAGGACGAUCCGAAAAUGGGAAUAAUGCCAUCUUCAUGCCACACCGAGUUUUCUGCCCAUCCACUGACUGCGAAGCUGAUGUAGCACCUGAGACUAUACUCAAUGUACAGCAACAAUGCCAGCUUUAA